AUGCCCAUGAAGCCUUGCAACAAGAGAGUCCAAGUUAUUUUCACAACCAAUUUCACAGACUAUGAUGUUGACGGUGGACGUGACCUCGACAUUUUUGACAUCAAUGAAGACGCAGGGUUGAAUCUUGUAGAGGGGGACAUCGUGCUUGAUCAGAGGCAAACGAGAAAUUCCAUAUUAGGAGAUGAGUACAGGUGGCCAAAGACGAUCCCAUACUACAUGGAAGAUGACUUAGAGAUCAAUGCAAAAGGUGUGAUUCUGAAAGCCUUUGAGCAGUACCGGCUGAAGACCUGCAUUGAGUUCAAGCCUUGGAGCGGAGAAGACAACUACAUUUCAAUCUUUAAAGGCGGCGGCUGUUUCUCCUCUGUUGGAAACCGGCGAGUUGGGAAGCAGAGAUUGUCAAUAGGGAGUAACUGUGACCGCAUUGCCACCAUUGAACACGAGUUCCUUCAUGCUCUGGGUUUCUGGCAUGAGCAGUCGAGGGCAGACCGUGAUGAUUAUGUUAAUAUCAUGUGGGACCGCAUCUCAGAGGGAAAGGAACACAACUUUAAAACCUACGACGACACCACCUCCAGCUCUUUGGGCGUGCCCUAUGACUACGGCUCCAUGAUGCACUACAGUAAAAACGCUUUCCGUAACGGCACAGAGGCAGAGCCCACCAUCGUCACCAAGAUCCCUGCUUUCAGUGAUGUCAUUGGCCAGCGUAUGGAGUUCAGUGACAGCGACCUGCUCAAGCUGCACCGCCUCUAUAACUGCACCGAAGGGUCCACUUUUCUGGACUCAUGUGACUUUGAACGUGAGAACAUCUGCGGUAUGAUCCAGGGAGAAGGGAAAACAGCAGACUGGGUUAGGAUUGCCAAAGCUGAGGGAGGACCCAACACUGACUACUCCAACAUGGGCAAAUGCACCGGCUCGGGGUAUUUCAUGCACUUCAACACUAGUGCAGCCAGUAAUGGGGAUAUGGCUCUACUGGAGGGCAGGAUCAUUUACCCCAAAAGAGGAUACCAGUGUCUGCAGUUCUUCUACUACAACAGCGCCGGCCCCAGCGACUCACUGAAGAUCCAUGUCAGAGAAUAUGACACAUCUAACCCCAACGGAAAACUGCGCCUUAUACAGACCAUAGAUGGGUCCCCUCAGGAGCAGUGGCAACUGCACCAUGUGAGUCUAGACGUCAAAAAUAAAUUCCGAGUUGUCUUUCAAGGGUCCAAAGAGGGUUCUGGGCCCUUAGCAGGAGGACUGUCACUGGAUGACAUCAACCUCUCUGAGACCACCUGCCCAGAGUUUAUAUGGCGGGUGAAAGACUUCGCUAACGUUAUGGACAACACCCCGGCAAACACAUCUAUCUUCAGCCCACCAUUCACCUCUAAGGAAGGUUACACCUUCCAAAUGGAGCUGUACCCCAGCGGUAAGACAGGCUACCCUGGGGAGCUGUCGGCCUAUGCUCAUUUAGUGGCCCGUGAAGGCGAUGUUGGACGGAAAUGGCCAUGCCCCUGGAAACAGAUAACCAUGAUGCUGAUGGACCAACACGCACACAUCCAAAAGCGCAUGUCCAACCAGCGCAGUGUCACCACUGACCCCAACAUGAAGCCAACAGGCUCCGACACGUUUUUCUGGGACGACCCUCGCAAGGUGGGCGUUGAGGUCACACAAGCAGAUGGGUCCAAGUAUUUCCGAGGGCCAGGGGCCGGCACUGUAGUGUAUCUCACCCACCUCAGAGCCAAGAGCAGGGACUUUAUCAAGGGGGGAGAUGCCAUCUUUCUCCUUACCAUGGAGGAUGUGUCUCAUUUGACGUUGAGCCAGCCUAUACCUCCCACGACCCAGAAACCUGCGACCACGACCCAGCAACCUAACACCACAGCACCCCCUGGUGUCUGCCUCAAUGUGCAGUGUCUGAAUGAGGGUGUGUGUGUGGUGGCUGAAGGGAAGGCUGCCUGCAGGUGUGUGGUGGGCGAUGACUGGUGGUACUACGGGAACAGCUGUCAGCACAAGGGCUCAACCUCAGAUAAAACCAACCUUGCACUUGCCUCUUCUCUGUCUGUACUGGGAGUAAUGCUAGUGGUUACAGCAGUCAGCGUCAUCUGUUUGAAGAAGAAGUAUAAGAAACGCAGUAAUGGCAACAGUGUUGUCAUGGAAAACAUGGGCGCCAAUUACAAACUGUAGUGCAAGUCCCUCAACUUUCCAUUGAUAACUUUUUGAACAAAAGAAAACCACAAAAAUGUAAGAGAAAAAAAAUGAUAUUUUCAGUUCAAUGAUUAUGCUAAAUUGAUCAUUCAUGUUCAAUGCUUUUGAUAAACCGCUUUGCAUUUCUAGAUGAAAGACUUUUAA